AUGACUGAAAUCGAUACUCAAGCAGAACUAGAUCUGCUGGGAGAAGGUCCGGCAGCGACUGAAGGUGAUCAUCUCGAUGAACACGCUCUGUUGGACCAGACGCCUCCACCAAGCGAUGAAAAUAACGGCAAAAGCGUUGUGAAGUCUGAAGAGCUGAAAAAUGAGGAAGUCGAUCUUUAUGAUGACGCCAUCGCACCAUCUUCUGCAGAGAAAUCGCUAGCUCCUACACCAGCACGCCCACAUGUCACUCAACAAAAUGGGUCGACAUCGCAUCCACAUCCGGAUGGAAAACGUUAUUGCUGCUACAUUGGUAACCUGGUUUGGUGGGCGACGGACGCCGAGGUUGCGGAAGAAGCAUGUAUGAAUAUGGGAACGAUACGCAUUGGAGCAACAGGAACUGUGCCUGCUGGACCUCCGCCAAUGAUGGGGCCUCGUAUGGGUCCUGGUGCACCAGGAGGAGGAGCUCCUAUGCCGAUGAUGCCGAUGCGUCCAGGUCCUGGUGGUCCUCCCAUGAAUAUGGGAGGUGGUGGCCCAAUGGGACCGGGCGGCGGUGGUCCUAUGGGACCUGGGAACAUUAUGAACAGAGGGCCGGUCAUGAUGGGACAACCAGUAAACCAGGUUUGUUUGAACUGA